CGCAGCGGAGGGACAGGGCGGCCAUGGGGCUAGGGGCGAGCACGGAGCAGCCGGCGGGCGGCGAGGGCUUCCACCUGCACGGGGUACAGGAGAACUCGCCGGCCCAGCAGGCAGGCCUGGAACCCUACUUCGACUUCAUCAUCACCAUUGGGCACUCGAGGCUGAACAAGGAGAACGACACACUGAAGGCCCUGCUGAAGGCCAAUGUGGAGAAGCCGGUGAAGCUGGAGGUCUUCAACAUGAAGACCAUGAAGGUGCGCGAGGUGGAGGUGGUGCCCAGCAACAUGUGGGGUGGCCAGGGCCUGCUGGGAGCCAGCGUGCGCUUCUGCAGCUUCCGCAGGGCCAGCGAGCACGUGUGGCAUGUGCUGGAUGUGGAGCCCUCUUCACCUGCUGCCCUGGCUGGCCUGUGUCCCUACACAGACUAUGUGGUUGGCUCUGACCAGAUUCUGCAGGAGUCUGAAGACUUCUUUUCACUCAUUGAGUCCCAUGAGGGGAAGCCCCUGAAGCUGAUGGUGUAUAAUUCUGAGUCCGACUCUUGCCGGGAGGUGACUGUGACUCCCAAUGCAGCCUGGGGUGGAGAGGGCAGUCUGGGGUGUGGUAUCGGUUAUGGGUAUCUACACCGAAUCCCAACACAGCCCUCCGGCCACUACAAGAAGCCAGGCGGGACCUCCCCGUCUGGUACUCCAGCAGCUAACACUCCACAACCUAGUGACAUGCCUCUUGGUGCGCCGCCACCGUGGCCCAUCCUUCAAGAUUCUUCCAGCCCAGAGUUGGGUUCCAGGCACAGUGACUAUAUGGAGGCCCUGACACAGGUCCCCAGUGGCUUCACGGAAGGGCAGCUCCUUGGUCCUGAGAGUCCUAGCCAUGGUGCUGCUGACUUUGGGGGAUGCCCACGUUCCAUGGAGAUCCCUCUUCAGCCUCCACCUCCAGUGCAGCGGGUCAUGGACCCAGGCUUCCUGGAUGUGUCAGGGAUGUCUCUCCUGGACAGCAGCAAUACCAGUGUGUGCCCCAGCCUGUCGUCCUCCAUAGUGCUGACCUCCACAGCUCUCUCAGCCUCGGGACCAGAGGACAUGGGUUCCAGUAGCAGUUCGCACGAGCGGGGUGGGGAAGCCACGUGGUCAGGUUCCGAGUUUGAGAUCUCCUUCCCGGACAGUCCCGGUGCCCAGACCCAGGACCACCUGCCCCAGCUGACUCUCCCUGAUGGACUCAUCUCUGCAUCCUCACCAGAUGGGCUGUCUGCAGAGCUGCUGGAGGCACAGACUGAAGAGCCAGCACACACAGAGACUGAGGGGGUCACCCCAGAACCGCAGCCUGGGCUGUGAGAAGGGUCCGUGACCUUUGGUGUUGCUUAGCUUGUCUGUGUAGCUCCCAGAGGCAUGGGCUUUGCUGCGGUCUCCUAGGGUCCCACCUUUAACCCAGUACAUGGUCCUUGACUGAAGGGGCAGGGAAGCUGGGAGCAACAGCAUUGAAGCCUCAUGGGUAAGGAGAGGCAGCAGGGCCCGAUCUUGAAUGAGUGUGAAAACGAGGGACGAGAGGCUAUGUCUUCCAGCAGCCCCCCCUGUACUGAGGUGGGGUUCCAAGUCCCAGGGUCCUCCCUUCCCAUUCUAAUCUUUAUGCUGGAGGAGAGAGGUGUAUACUUGGCCACUUUCUUCUCAGGGCACCACCUGUGCUAGUGACACCUUCCCCUCCCCACAGGAGGGCACACUCUAGCUGUGGUGUCCCGUGACCCCUCCUACCAGGCCCCUCAUACAGACAACUGCCUGAAUGCAGAAGGUAUUCAGUCAGGUCUGAUGGCUCCUCAUCAGAAACCCCUCUACCUCUUUGCUAGAGAGUGGGUACAGGCCUUCUGUCUGUCCUUAGUAUGAGGGAAACUGUCCCGAAAACUCUAGGUGCCUUGAGUUUAGAGGCCAAGGCUGGGGGAGGUUGUGGGCUCUGCUGGCUUUCUACAGGUGGUGCCAGGCAUGCCCUCUGCAGCUGCAGUCUCCUGCCCAUCUGUGUCCACAGACCGCAUGUAACUCUUAUGUACAGGGCACUCACUGUGCUCAGAAGCGCCGGCCCAGGUCCCAGAUGGGCACUAGGAAUAUAUUUAUAGCCAGGUCUAUGAGGGAGGCAUCCCAGGGCCUCUUGGUGAGUGCCAGGAAUGUGGGCACACAACAGGGCCUCCACCACAAGGCUGCUCUGGGGCCAGCUCACUUUAGCUCUGUAGCUAGGCACUCUGACCCCUGGUUGCCCUAACUGAAAAAUUCUGUUCCCCGAGAGACCCCAUGAGCAGGUUAAGAUGGAUGCUGAGGGUGUUUUCUUUCCCCGUAGUCUGCUGUGCAGGAA